AGUGGUCAAGGCGAUGCUGGGGUUCAGCUGUCAGUUCCUCCUUAAGACGUCAGAAUACAGAAGCAGCAACUUCUGCUGUUUACAAAAACUACUGAAAGAGAAUCCAUCUAUCCAGAACGGUCAGAAUGAGGUGCUUUUGUGUGGUCAUCUGGAUUCUUCUCUCGGAAGUGGCUGUUGUGGUGUCAGAUAUCAGUGUGUCAGGACAUGUUGGAGGAUCAGUGACGAUCCAGUGUCCUCACCUGUUAGCUAAAACCAACACAAAGUAUUUCUGCAGGGAUCCGUGUAAAAAAGAUCAGGACAUUUUGAUUAAAUCUGGUCAGUCACCUACUGGAAGAUACACACUGAAGGAUUCAGGGAAAGGAGACUUCACUGUGACCAUCACUGACCUCCAGACAUCAGACGCUGGAACUUACUGGUGUGGAGUGGACAGAUUGGUGAAGGACACGUAUAGCGAGGUGCUCCUCACAGUCACAGAUGCUACUCCAACAGCAGCUGCUGUAAGAACAGUGAGAUUUAAGCUCUUCAUCACCUCUUCAUCCACCAUCUCCUCCUCCUCCGCACCUAAACCAACAUUUCCAGCUCAGCACUCACUCAACAUCUCAUCACCUACCCGAGUUCCCCAUGAAGACAGACAGGACAGAUCUGGCACCCUGUUGUACACCGCUGCUGGGCUGGUUGCCAUGUUGAUGAUAUUUGGGCUGGGCCUCAUCGUGCUGUUUAAGUGUAAGAGAGCAACCAGUGAAAUCAAAGGUCCCUGUCCGGAUUCUGUCUAUGCAGAAGUUAAGACACCCCAGACUGAAAUCAACCAGCCAAGCGGUGCGGUCUCCUCUACUGCAGAAGAUAUGCUGGUGAACACACUGUACAGCACUGUGGAACUGCACAACGAAAGACCAGAUUCCCAAAUUUACUCUUUAGCUCAGUGACUUGCUCACUAAUCACUUUGAUAACCUGUUUAUUUAUCAUAUUGCAAGAGUUAUCUAAUGUUUAUGUAGUUUGGAAAUGCAGUGUUAGAGGAGGUCAGCGGAUGUGGAAGCAUCUCAUUUUUUUGCAGUGUAGGCUACUUGUAUUAAAUCUUAUAAUGCUUUACAUGGUAAAUAUCUCCUGAAUGAAUAGUCAUUUUAUUCAAAGGUGAUGAUGAUUUAUCCUUUACUUGUCAUAGAACUUUCUCAUGAACAAGUUAUUCUUUUCGUGGUUUCUUUGGUCUAAUGUAAUCAUGAGAGUGGUGCUACUUCUCUAUUCUAAACUCAAGGCAAGGAAGAGUACUGCCACCGCCAUGUUCCACGGUUCAGUUUUCUAAUUUAGGCCUUAAAGUUCUGUUUUCAUGAAUAAUUCCACAUUUUUAUCCCAGCAGUCUUUAGGGACAUUAAACAGGCAGCAGCGUUCUUCCUGGAGAGCAAUGUCUUCCUUUUUGCCAUCCUCCUGAAACAAAAAGCUUAUUCAGUUUAGUCUGAUAGUAGUCAUGAACACUGACAGCAGCCUGUCAUGGUUGGGGGCAGUCGUGGGCUGGAGGUUAGGCAACUGGCCCUGUGAU